AAUUCACUCCCAAACCCUAAACCUCACAGCACACAGAGGUUCGCUUUUGGUCAGUUUCUCCGCCAUUGCAGUAGCACUCAUAGCUUCGCUAGGGGGGCAAAACCAAUCGUAGUCUCUGAAGUCCAAGGGGAGGUAUCAUAUUUUAUAGAAGGGGGGCAAAACCAAGGAAAUUUUAGAUUGGUGACUGUGACAGCACUUGGCUUAAUUGAUGAUGCUGUGGUUGCUUUCAAGUCCAAGGAUUUGGACACGGCUAGUAUAAACUUGAGUGCUACCUUGGAUAAUUCUGUUACAUGUGAAGAUCAAUUCAAGGAUAAGAAAGUUUUGGUUGACAGUUUUGCCUCUUGGUGUGGCAAAGACUUUAAUUCAGACAAACCCUGAUAAAAAUUGUUCAA